AUGCCUAUUGAUAAAUCUUGGAUGCAAUCUGGAAGGUCGUCAGAAGAUUAUUUUGCAGGAGUUGAAAGUUUUCUCAAUUAUGCAUACAACCAUGUUAAGCCGGAUGAUUCUAAGAUCUUUUGUCCUUGCUCUAAAUGCAGUAAUAGAUAUAGACAUCUGAGGUAUGAGGCACACAAGCAUCUUCUUUAUAACGGAAUUAAACUAACUUAUACUACAUGGUAUUUGCACGGUGAGGGUGAGGAUGAGGAUAGUGAUGAAAGUGACAGUGAAAAUGAUGGACAUGAUGUGGCCAGUAUGGAGCAAGACGAUGAUAUGCAUGGUUUAAUAGAAGAAGGUUAUCCACAAGAUCCAAAUGGAGAUGCGCACAAGUUUUACAAAUUGUUAGAAGAGGCAGAACAACUAUUGUACGUAGGUUGUGAGUCGUAUUUUAAUUUGUCUUUUGUUGUGAACCUGAUGCAUAUCAAGGGUAUCGGUACUAUGAGCAAUAAAGCAUUUGGUAUGUUGCUAACAUUGUUGAAAAAUGCAUUUCCUUUUUCUGAUAAGUUACCUACAACCACCAACGGUGCAAAGAAAAUUAUUUCAGAUUUAGGUCUUCAUUAUGAUAAAAUAGAUGCAUGCAAUAAUGAUUGCAUCAUUUAUUAUAAGGAGCAUGCAAAUAGAACGCAGUGUCCUACAUGUAAGCUUUUGAGAUGGAAGAGACAAGGAAAGGGUAGCAAAAAGAAAGGUAAAAGGGUUCCAUGGAAGGAUCGUGUAAAAGAUGGAGUGUUGAGGCAUCCGGCAGAUUAUGAGGCUUGGAAAUCGUUUAAUCAAAUUCAUGAGUCAUUUGGUAUGGAACCUCGAAAUGUAAGACUUGGUUUGGCAACAGAUGGAUUUAACCCUUUUGGGAACAUGAAUUUGCACUAUAGUAUUUGGCCGGUUCUCAUAUAUCCAUAUAAUCUUCCUCCGUGGAUGUGCAUGAAGGAGCCUUAUGUUUUCAUGACUUUACUUAUUCCUGGGCCCAAGGGUCCAUGCCAUGACAUCAAUGUAUACAUGAGACCAUUGAUAGAUGAAUUGCGAACAUUGUGGGAAAUUGGUGUUGAAACGUAUGAUAUAUAUGUGAAACAGAAUUUUCAGAUGAGAGCUGCACUUCUUUGGACUAUCAAUGAUUAUCCAGCAUAUGCAUACAUGUCAGGUUGGAGUACGUUUGGCAAAUUGGCAUGCCCUUAUUGUGCAUCUAAUACUUCACAUCGUCGGUUAUCUCAUGGGUCUAAGACAUGUUAUUUGGGUCAUAGAAGAUUUUUACUGUCUGACCAUGUAUGGCAUAAUCAAGGAAGCCAAUUCGAUAAUACAAGGGAAAGAAGACUUGCACCUAAGAGACCAUCUGGUGAUGAUGUGAUAAAUGAACUUAGUGAAUUAAGAGAAAUAACACAUGGCAAGGAUGGGAAAAAGCAUACAAUAUUUGGGUUUGGAAAAGAUCAUAAUUGGAAAAAACAUUCGAUAUUUUUCCAAUUGCCUUACUGGAAAACACUUUUGGUGCGUCACAAUUUAGAUGUCAUGCAUAUUCAGAAAAAUGUAUUUGAGAAUGUGAUUGGCACAAUGAUGAGCAUUGAUGGUAAAACAAAAGAUUCUUUAAAUGCUCGUCUUGAUCUUCAAGAAAUGGGUAUAAGACAGAGGUAUCAUCUAGAAGAAAGAGAUAAUGGUAAGCUCAAUUUUAUCCCAGGCGAUUAUACAUUGUCAAAUGAUGAUAACAAAGCUUUAUGUCAAUGGUUAAUGGAGUUGAAAGUUCCAGAUGGGUAUUCUGGAAAUUUAUCUCGAUGUGUGAAUGCUUCAGAACGUAAUAUUUCUGGUAUGAAAACUCACGAUAGUCAUGUGUUCUUAGAGAGAUUACUUCCGUUUGUGGCGCGAGAUUUAUUGCCCAAAGAUGUAAGUGAGCCUUUAAUUGAAUUAUCGUACUUUUUCAAGGAAUUGUGUGCUAAAGUUUUAAGAGAAAAUGACUUGAAUCUUCUUGACAAUCAAAUUGUGCUAACUCUAUGUAAGUUGGAAAAAAUAUUCCCUCCUGCCUUUUUUGACAUCAUGAUUCACCUAACUUGCCACUUGGCAUGGGAGGCAAAGGUGGCCGGUCCAGUACAAUUCAGGUGGAUGUAUCCGGUGGAAAGGUAUUUGCAUAAACUAAAGACUUAUGUUCGUAAUAAGGCUCAUCCAGAAGGGUCUAUUGCCGAAGGUGUCUUGGGAGACGAGUGUUUAAUAUUUUGCUCUCGCUAUUUGCAUCGAGUUGAAACUAAGUUUAAUAAAAGGGAUAGAAACGACGAUGGAGGUCAACCGUCAUAUGAUACAUCUCCGUUUUUAUUUUCUCAACACCUGGUCGAGCUUUUGGGAAAGGUAGAACAUAAGAACAUUCUAAUCCAGUCUACUGUUGAUAAUGUGGAGGAGUCACAUAGGCUUCAAUUUUCAAACUGGAUUUCUAAAAGGGUCACAGAACUAUACAACGAUGGUGAACGUGAUGAGAAUAAAAAAACACAAAAUAGUGGAGUUAUGGUUAAGGGGGAGAAUCAGAUUGACGAUGUGCCUUGGUAUGGAACCUUAGUAGAUAUUGUUGAGCUUCGUUACACAGAAGGAAAUAGAGUUGUAUUGUUCAAUUGUGAUUGGUAUGACACAGCACGAAAAGGAACAGGUUACAAGAUAGAUCGUUAUGGAAUAAUCAUUGUUAAUACAACACGCAAGCUAAAUACUCAAGAGCCAUUCGUACUAGCAAGUCAAGCAACCCAAGUUUUUUAUGUGAAGGGGGUUAAAAAUAAAAUUUGGAGUUUUGUAGUGGAAACAAAUCCAAGAAAUGCUUAUGAGAUGACUAAUGAUGAGAUUGAGCCAUACCAAGAAGCAGAGACUCAAAGUCAAAGCAUGCAUGCCAUCCAAAAUGAUGUUGAAGACAAUGAAAUUGAUUGA